AUGGCCGCGGCGCAGGAGGCACCAGCUGCAGAUGCCACCGCAGCGCCUGCCCCAGCUGCCACGGCUCCGACUGCGGCAUCCUCAUCCAACACGAGCACGAUCCAGGCAAAUACGACGGUCCUGUCAACCCUCCACAACCUCCUGAGGGCACAUGUCGCUGCUCAUCCAUCACCGACACUCCCGUACCUCCACCCCUAUGCACCGCUGCCAGCAUCGGCUUGGAAGGGCAAGGCGAAGGCUGAGCUUCUGAGCCAGCCUCAACAGGCAGACGCUCUGCAGGCGAUUCGAGAAACAAUGGAGGGUGCGAAGGCUGUUCUGGCAAAGCGAGAGAAUGAUCGAUUGCGCUUGACGAGAGCUAUGAAGGAAGUCGUCAACCACGAGACGGCUCUUCUUCCCCUGGGCACUACGCUGUCUUCUCUGCCACCGGCUCGACGGAUACCGUUGAGCCCAAAGGGGACUUCUGACUUGCUUCAUGCUCUUGCGAAGCGUGUCGGAUUGCAGUGCUUUGCCGAAGAUGCUGGAGGGCAGAAGACGACCUUGACGCUGGCUGGAGAGCGCUUCGUCGUGGACGUCGACAUUGAAACCGACAGCGACGGCAAGGUCAUGAUACACAAGCUCACGGCGACUCACAUCACGCCCGGGGGAGAGACAGGGAAGAGCGAGUGGAUCGAGGGCGUCAUGCGGAAAGCUGUCGACCAGCACACCUCGCUUUGGAACUCGAGGCAGGGGAAUGACGACAAGCUGCGCGCUUCUGGUCGCACUAUUGAGUGCUUGCUCGGCGAGCUCAAGAUGCUGGACGACCUGGCGGUGCGGGACAAGACUGGGAUCGACUACUUCGCCGAGCUCGAGACACUCACCGCGGCAGUUGGAGAGAAGCUCAAGGGGACCGAUGAGAAGGUCCGCAUCUAUCCUGAUCCCAACCAGGGCAUAUUCCCUUCCUUCCGACUGUUUGAUGGUGGCGUCAACGGCAACCCGACACUCCGGUUGCGCCCGACACUCCAAGGAGAGUCCGUGUCCCUGCCACCAUCUCCAGAGUCACAGGUGGCUCCCGAUGGAGCUGCCGCUGCUGGAAGCGCAAUGGAGGUCGACCAGCAGCACCCGACCGGGAUCUGCAAGGGCUCGUGGGUGACCGAGGCCGUCGACGAGUACCCAGAGCCGUGCUCUUCAGGGAAGGGGAUCGUUGUGCGCCGGACAUGGGCUAUCCCUGGUCCGGAGGACGGCGAGUCGAAAGCCUGGUCGGCAUCUGUCAAAGCCGAAGGAGCAGUCGAAGCUCUGGGCAUGGCGGCCAUGCCCAUCUUCCCGUACAACACGGACUUUGUGCACCCGACUGAAAGCCUCAAACAACACUGGUCAAUGGGGCACCCGGGCCCCGAAGGCUUCGUCGUGGGAAGAAUCGCCGUUCCGGGCACAUGGGAGGCCGUCGGCAGUGUCUGCUCGGCGCUCAGAGUUCAGGCCGUUCUGAACGAGCUGAUCAAUGCUGCAUUCCCGCCAUCAAAGCUCAAGGACCAGGCGGAGCAGCAGGCAGACGACGCUGCCGGCAGUGCCGAGGGCGAUGACGCCGAGAUGGUUGACAUCUCAGAGCUCGAGGGCGCGCGUUCUGACAUUCCGGUCAGCGCCAUGCUCUUCCAGCAGAGCAUGCGCGUCAGUAUGCCGCUUAGUGAAGACGCCGACGGGGCGUUGCUGCUAGAGAUACAGGCGACCCCGGAACCUCCGUAUGUGUCGGUGUCUUGGCGCGUCGAUGACGGAGUGACAGUAGACGAUGCGACCCGAGGGCGCCUCGAUGACGCUCUUACGGCGACUAAGAGCAUGGGACCUGCCGAUCUGAUCGGAAUCGUCCGUGACGUCGCCAAGGCGCUGACGCCGGCGUGA